AUGGAUCUCUCUUGUACCAUCCUUGGAGGAAGCUUGCUCUACGUGCUCACUGAUUACCAGUUUACAAUCACAGCAUAUAGCUGGGCUGUUGCGUAUCUUGUGUGCAUGUCUAUAGAUCUUGUCUACAUCAAGGACGUGGUUACGAACAUAAGUCAUGAGAUCACUGAUAAGCCUGAUUGGUACACUCUCCCAGUGGUUGUGCCAGUGGGAUUAUAUGGGAUAAACACUCAACUUUGA